AAUACCGCAGAUCAACUUACUGAAGCCAAUGGUACGUUAAUGAAAAAAGACAGUUUUUCGGAGUUUUCUGGUACUUCUUUGAAAGAUGGAAGCAAGCCAAGCCUUGUCGAAAAAAACUUUAGCCUCAGCGAUGAAGUUACUACCAUAAAACAUCGCGAGAAAAUUAUGUUCCUGAAAGCUAAGGAUUGCAAUGAAUUACGAGAGACAAAAAUACCUCUGAAAUCUUUCUCGAAGGACAAAGCACUAAGAAUUGGAAAAGGAUCGCUGGGCACGCACGUUUAUGUUGGUCUGAUGGAGGACGGGCGGGAAGUUGCCGUGAAAAAAAUUAUAAAAGAAACAUGUGAUCUCUUAGCCCAAAACGAAUUGGAGAUCUUUCGUCUAACUAAGGAUAUUAGAUCACCAUACAUAGUAAACUACUGGUACUUUGACGCUGAUGACUUUUAUAUGUACCUGGUAAUCGACCUGUGUGAGGAAAGUUUGAAUGACUAUGUUGUUGAGACUUGUUCUCUUGAGUACUUACGGAAACAUGGUGUCCGAAUGAUAGAAGAAAUAUUACUCGGGCUGCAAGUUCUUCACGAAAAGGGAAUCCUGCAUAGAGAUCUUAAGCCAUCAAAUAUUCUUGUUAGCGUUGAUGGCCGUAUGCAGUUGGCAGAUUUUGGGAUCAGUCGUGUGCUUAAUGAUGACGAAACAACAGCUCUAACAGAACCAAAAGGAACCGAUGGUUGGAUUCCACCUGAAGUAAUUAAAGAAAUGGAUAACAAAGGCAGCAAGGGACGCUAUAAAAGAAAAUCGGAUGUGCACGUUGCUGGAAUGAUUGCAUUCUUUAUUUUGACCAAAGGUGAACACCCGUUUGGCCCUCGACUAGAACGUAUGUCAAAUAUUUCGAAAGGAGAACCUAUUUCCUUGAAUAAAGUUACGGCACCAAAUGCUCAGCAAUUUAUUUCCGAGCUGAUAAGUCAUAAUAUUGAACACAGGCCGUAUGUUGAGGAUGCCUUGAAGCAUUGUUUUUUUAAAGAACAAAGUGAAUCAAUUGUGCAUGAUAAUUGAAUAAUUAUAGGGAAUAAGCAGAAUUUAGAGAGCUAGAUGUAUGCUGAAGUAAUUAACUCAUACCAAGAGAUAAGUAAAUCAUAUAAUAGGAGAAAAUUACGUUGAUGCUCUAAACUCUCUUGGUAUUCCAUCCUUAAAUGUCCACCAUGAAUAUUUUUGUGAUAAUCCAUUCAAAUCAGUGUCUGACACU